AUGACGGAUGUUAUUGUAGAUAUUAUGGUUAUCACCCAAAAGCUAAGCAGAGGAAAAGGCUUCUGGUCACCUGAAGAAGACCUAAAGCUCAGAAACUAUGUCCUUAAACAUGGCCAUGCUUGCUGGACCACUGUCCCCAUUAAUGCAGGUCACUUCAGGAAUGGGAAGAGCUGCAGAUUAAGGUGGAUUAAUUACCUGAGGCCAGGCUUAAAACGAGGGAUGUUUACGCCAUUAGAGGAGGACACAAUCCUCACACUUCAUCAUUCCCUAGGCAACAAGUGGUCUCAAAUUGCACAAUGUUUGCCUGGAAGAACUGAAAAUGAGAUCAAGAACUACUGGCAUUCAUAUCUGAAGAAGAGAGUCACAAAGGUUGAAGAAUUCGAAGUUCCUCAUUCCUUCCAUCACACAGAGAAAUCAUCAGUAUGUACUUAUCAAGCUAUUCCACCGCAUUUCGACAUCGGUAAAGAGCCUCCGAGAACCUCACUGCCAAGGCUUUUAUUUGCCGAGUGGCUAUCGGAAAAUAAGCCAGUGGCUACCUCGGGCGGAUUUAAUCAUAGCUCGGAUUCAAUCAUUGGUUCAUAUUCAGGAACAUUUGGUGGUGAUCUUCAAGAUAUACUGAGCAAUGCAUCAGUAAAUGAAAUGCUCUAAC